CGGCCCAGUCGGCUCGGUCUAUCUGUCUAUCAGUAUCGCCGAUUCAUUGCGCCGGCGUCGCGUGUACGUGUUCGUAGAAUUUACGUGGCAUAAUGCCAUAGUUGAUUAAAAUACGUAAAUAAAUGUAUUGUUGCCUAUCGAAGUGAAGUGAAAGUAGUCGCUUAAGUGACAUACCUAUUAAUGCUGAUACAGUCAACGAUAAUUGUUAUCUGACAUUGACAGUUUAAAUGCAAGUGACAGUUGCAUGAUGGGUAAAGUGCUACUAGCGAACAUUUUUAAUAACCUGAAAAUGGACAAAAAACUUGUUGAUACAACGAAGGGGAAAGAGUAUUUGUCGGUGCAUAAGGAAUUUCGUAGUGAUUCAACCAUAAGUGCUUCUGAACAACUUGUUGUUGACAAUUUCAACAAUAGAAUAUUUUGCCUGCAACGGGACACCAUUGAAAAUCUUUAUAAUAUGGCUCGGCCGCCACUUCAUCCUGAUUUAUUCGCAGAUCGAUGUAAUGGAUUAAAAAAACUUGCAGAAGAAAUCGAACAGAAUAUUGAUUUGAUAUGUGAAUUGGAAUAUUUAAUUAGAAACAUUCCUGUUCGAGAAACCAAACACAGUAUCCAUCUUAUCUUGCAGCAUUUGCGGUUUUCGAGUGAAACUGAAUUGAUCACAGCGGAAGGGCUGUGUUUAAUCCGAAAUGAUACGCCUUUACUGGCUGUGGGUUGUUAUUUUCAGUCAUUUAAACUGUACGAAUUCUCGUACUUCUACGCAACAAAUGAAACCGCUAUAAUUUGUCAUUUAUUUACCAAAUUAUGUCAGAAUGUCGGAUUAGAUUGUCUAAAAUUAGUCAUUGGGGACCCUAGUGUUUUAUCGACUAGUUUUACAAAAUUUCCUAAUUUAUUCCAUGGUUUGAUGCCAGAGGUCACCGGAAUUAUUACGGAAAAAUCGGACCUAGAUUCAGCUGUAGACAUUUUCCUCAACUCUGAACGUCAUCCAUUUUUUCUGUCAUAUAUCUAUGUACAAGAAAGUAUAUAUAAGGAUUUUAAGGACACCAUUGCUUGGAAAUGUAGAUCACAACAAAAUACCAACAUAAGUUUCAAAUCAAACUGCACAAAUGCUUUCAAAUAUGAAACGAAAAUACUUUACUUGGAUUACGCUGGAAAUAUUGAAGACACCAAAAAUCAAAACGAUCAAUUGGUAUUCGUCGAAGCUUUCAGAACAAUUAAUGAACUCCUAUCUCUCUUAAAUAAGUCUAAGAAGCGUCUUUGUUUGUCUAUAUGGGCAAGCGGUGUAUCAGAAGCGAAUGAAAUAGCACUGAACGCAAACGUACCCAUUAUCUGGAUAAAUGAUUAUUGCAAAUUUGAAGGACCUCCCGAAGUAUCACAGGCCAUAUUUGAUAAAACGUACUUAAGGGGUCAUGAUUUCACUAAAAAAGAGAUUAUAGAACACCUGUCACAGCAUCAGAAAGCUUGGGAGAAAAACACUUUCACAAAACGUUAUGAAAAAGUAAUUAAAGCAUUUGAACUGGCUAAUGAAGACAUUGGAAGUGCCUUAAAAGCAAAAACAAAAUCAUACUGGAAGUACAAUAACUUCGUUGCAGUGCAAGAUAAAACUAUGGUUAUGGGAUUUAGUUCACCUAUCCCUUUGAUAAGCUUUUACUGGACCAAUGAAUUAAACCAUAAUAUCAACCAUCCUAAAAUGGUGUAUAUAUGGUUAAGUAUCGCCAAAGCUCUUAUAAAUGGAAGUGCUAUAUGUUAUCAUGUUAUUAAGAAAAGGAAUGAUGACAUAAUAGCAGAUUUACUUAAAUCGUUGGCAAAAUUUGGUCUUCCAUUAGCUGAAAUACAAAACACGGAUUCCCCAACUUUGGAGCAUACGAUGACAUAUAGUUAUUACGCUGAAUGUGUUCAAACCAAAGUAAUCUGGGCCAGUUUCGGAACCACUUUUGCAAACUGAAACAGUGUUUGACUGCAGAUAAUAAUGAUAAGAGAUUUCUACAGAUGCCUAGUUAAGUAACGAAUUUAAAUCUGAACAUUUUUUUCGAGGUGUGUGGUCAUAGUGUAAAAUUAGUAAUAAAUAGGUCACAGGUCGUAAAGGCCCUCUUUAUUCUUCAAAAACUGAUGAGAAAGUUGUAUUUUAUCCACAAAUAAUUACAUGCAAAUUUUGAGUUCUGACAACUAGGCAUCAUGUUUACCGGUAGAAUCAAUUUUCAAGUGAUAAUUUUAGAUGAAAAAAAUUGAUUUGUAAAGUUUAUCACAUUGUAGUUCCCUCGGUAGCAAACUUUGUUUUACCCUUCGCCUUGAAACCCACGCAACGCUCAAGAUUCCACUUUUCGAGCCACUCACUACGCUCGUGGUAAUUUUUUUAAAUCUUUCGCUUGCUCGGGUAUCAUGAAAAUUAUCAGUGUCGGGUAUCAGUUAAUUUUAGUAAGGUUUGACCAAUAAAUUGUUUUAAGUAACAUAAUAUAUUUUACAGUACAUAUGGGGCUACUUUAUAGCACUAGUGCGAGAAGUAGCAUAUUACGUUACUGUGUCGAACAUUUAAAGGGCCAUAUGUACUGUAAAACGUUGUACGAUACAUGUGCGAAUAGGUAAUUCGCAACUCGUGUCGAUUUAAAACACUCCCUUCGGUCGUGUUUUAAUUUAUCGCCACUCGUUUCGAAUUUCCUAUUUUUCGCACUUGUAUCGUAAUGUACUAUAAUUUAAAAAUGUAAUUACUCAACCUUAUUCUUUAGGUGCAACUCAUUAACUAAUAUCAACAUUAAUAUCAACACCAGUACGAACUCAUAUAGUGCAAAAUGGAUCAAAACGUUUGUUCAAAAUAUUUAUGUAGCUUAAGUUGAGGUUCGCAGAUUUUCGCUUUUUUGGAUAACAAUACGGUUUCCAAAAAUGUAAUAAGAAAAUUUGAGGCUUUUCUCUAUUAACUUCAUCGAUUCGAAACUUAAUUUCUUUAUUUUCACUCAAAAGAAAAAAACGCGUUUAACCGAUUUGCAGGAUCGUAGUGAUUCCAUAAGAGCUCCGUGAACAAAGUUUUGUACGGAGCUCUAAAAACCACGAAAAUAGGUUUAAAACGUUUUUGCACAAAAGCUAAAAACAUUAAAAUUACUUCUAAAGAUUCGCAAUUCGCGAUCUAACUUUUUGUUAAUACAUACAAAAAAAAAUCAAAAACAUGAUAAUUAUCUGCGAUCCUAGGCACAGCCAUCUCGCUCACGGUUACGCUCAGUGAGAGUGAGAGAAGAACCUGAAUCCACGGGGCCUUAAAUAUCGUGCCCGUGAACUUGCACCUGUCUUCUUAACUCUCCUGCCGAUACCGACAUUUUAGGGUCAAAGUUCUUGUCGUUGUCUCGUUUCUUGUUCCAAAAACUUGUGACGGAGUGUAGCUUUUUGUAUGAGAUGAAAUUUAGUUUUUAAUUUCUCUCAUGGUAAAUGUAAAACACACGUACACUUAAAAAAAGACAUGCAAUAGCACUCGUCUUUUUUAUUUAUUUGAUAAAAUACAGAAAUAUAAGCGUGACAGAGUGGUCCAAAACAAGACAACGAUAUCUCCCUCUCAAUUUUUAUAAAAUUAUCGACUAUUUCAAUACGAUGAGAGACUAACACUUUUAAGUCAUGUUAUUUACGUCGACUAUCUAAAUGUCGUAGUUCGCCAUAACCACAAAAGAUAUUAAAGAUAUUACAAUGUAGUUUUACCUAUAACCUUUUGCUUGACUGUCUUUUAACUACCUUGAUAGAUAAUGAUUCCAAAGAAGUAAUAGAAUUAAGUUAUUCUGUUAUUAUCAUAAUACGAGUAUUAAAUUAUAUCACAAAUUAAUAUGCCGGUACAGUCAGAAAUACUAUUCGUUUAGCACAUUUUCAUACACUUAUAUGCAGGAGGGUUUACUUUUCGCUGCAGUUGACAGUACGAACAAAAUUAUCUUGGGGUACGGUAGUGCCACCGCCAAGACGAGCAAAGCGAAGCGCAAGGGCACUACCUACCAUUUCUCGAAGCGCUUCGUUGUUUUUUGAACCCUCAUAACUUGGUUUGGAUAACACCAGAUACACAAAAUUCUCGAGAUACAAUGUCAAUAUUGGACUUAUUAAGCAUAAAAAAUUUCAAUCAUAGCUCACAUACUUUAGAUUUUAUUCAUAUCUAAAAACCCCGAUUUCGUCACUGACUCACUCACUCAUUCACUCAUGAUCAUCAUAAUCCUUAGAGUACUUCCUAGUAGAAGCCCUAGGAAGCUGAAAUUUGGAUGGUAUUAGUACACAAACAACAAAAAAAAUGUACUUUUUUGCCCCUAGGGGGCUGAAAAGAAGAGUGGAAGUGUGUAUGGGGAAUCAAUAACCUCUCGCUGAAUCAAUUUAGUUGAAAAUUGGUAUGUAGAUAGUUUUUGUUAAAGAUAUAAAAUAGUUUUCAACCCCAAAAUCACCCCGUAGGGGAGAAAAAGGCAUUAGGGAAAAAAGGGGUUGAAGAUUGUAUGGGGAAUCAGUAAUAAAAGCAGAUCGUAUUAAAUAUACCUUCAGAUACGAAUUUACAACCCAUUAAAAUAGGAGGUGGAAUAUUGCCAUAAGCAACUUAUAGAAGUGAAUACCCAUUAAAAACAUUUUCAUGUAAAAUGUUGCCAAGACGAAACCAUAAGGCUCGCACUGUCAAAAAAUUAUCAGAUCUCUUGUAGAGCGAAGCUUCUAAGUCUACAAGCCUUAUCUUUUUUUUUUUUUUUUUAUAACGAUAGGUAAGCGUUUGACCACGAUCUCACCUGAUGGUAAGUGAUGAUGCGGUCUACGGUGGAGCACGCUUACCUAUGAGAUACCUAUUUACCCUAGCCUUGAAGAGACCCAGAUUGUACUCAUGCGGAAACACAGACUCGGGCAGGGCAUUCCACUCCUUGGCAGUUCGCAUAAGAAAUGUUGAAGCAAAACGCUUCGUGCGUAUUUGUGGAAUACCUACCAUGAAGCGGUGCCGGAGUGCCGAUUGUCUGGUAGUCCGAUGGUGAAAUGGGGACGGAGGAAUAAGGUUGUGCAGUUCCUCGGCACACUCUCCGAAAUGUAUCCUGUAAAAGAUCGUUAGGCUGGCAACCUUGCGACGAUGCUCCAGACUUUGGAGUCGAGCAUUCGUCAGAUCGUCA